UCAAUACAGAAUACCAGGAAAUUGAAGCUAAUCACGAGGAAGUCAUACAUAACAACAGAGUUUUGCGUGCACCAUGAUAACUUCAUCCACACAUUAUGUAUAGCAUGCAUUUUGUUUUGGCACAACCAACAUAAAAACGACAGUGUGAUAAAAGGCGGAACAUUUGCCACACUCUGUAUUUCGUGGAUCGUAAUCACAAUGUUGAGUGACUGUCUACAGCAGCAUUCUGGUCGACAAUCAAAUUCAACGACUUGAAUAAUUUCGAACGCAACCAAACCCAUUUGUUUGCCUUAGAAUCAACGUAAAACACUCCAUCAAGGACUGCUCGUAGUGGAAAGGUCAUUUCACCCCAGAUUACCAUAAAAUGUAGGCAAACAUAUGGAAGACUUCGACAUGUACGACUCUUUCUACGGCACACAUAUAUUUGGUGGGCGUUACCAUGAUGAACUUCGACCAAGUUCGCUAACCCGUGUGCCUAAUCUUCGAAUGAACCUGUCAAAUAUCGAUCCACUGGUUCACCAGAGGAGUUCGAGCAGUCUGUCCGGACGUAUUGCAAAGGUCGACAGUUCAAGAGGUGUUCAAGAAUCUCACCAUUCGCUGAGUCAUUCACAAUACCGUCCACUACACAAGACGCUUGCGAGUUCUCAUGGUCGAGAGACAAUUUUCUCACCUCCACCGCUACCCACAAGAAGGUAUGCAAGGAUAAAACCUGACGAGACAUUUAAGAAAACGCAAUACACCUCAGAAACUGAAAUGCGAUUGCAGGACAUAAAAUUUCCUAGAAAUAUAGAUUACCCUACCUGGACCAACGUGUACUAUCCCGACCUACAUAUGACUGAUAAAAGAGAAACGACCCAUAAGAAAUACAAAGCACAUCAAGCAUUCAGAGGCCGGUCAGAUGAAAUGAGAUUUAAACGGGAUGAUGAUAUGUUUGGUCUAGCAGACACCGGCCACCAGUCUGCGGAAGAAGAUUCCACUGGUCAGUACCGAACAGUACUCUACGUAGUACCCACCUCUCCAAAGUCACAAAGUCCGUCUCAUUUGAUGCCUUCAAGCCCCGAACUCACGAAGACAAAGUUACCGAAUUUUUCUCGUCCAAGAGCCUUUAACAAAAACGGAAAUAGGUAUAUCGACUUUGACUCUAGUGAGGUUCCAGUAAAACCAAAAUCCACAAAGGAGUGGCACAAAUCGGACAACAGCGGUUCUUCUACAGACGGUGGCUCUUUUGUGGAUGAUGGCUUCUCCUCAGAUCAGAACAUACCCUAUGAACCUCCCAAGUCGAAGAUUAUCUUCCAGGGACCUGGUCGCUACUUGGAAACAAAGGUCUACUGUAAGACAAUACCGACGCCACAAUCGAUGGAAGUUGCAAAAAAAAUCAAUGGGCUACAUAAUGCGAGCAGCACUCCAGAUAACCCAGUAUCACCAUUACAUAAUCCUCUGAGGGUUAUCAGAAAUGAUUAUAAUCAGGUUGUUGUGGACAUAAAACCCCGGCACUUGAAUGAAGCAGAUAAGCAACAACAUGUGAGUCAGUGGAUACAAGUCGGAACUCUUGGCGAUACGGUGCAGUCAAAAAUGGAUAGAAACGAAGCAGUCGCCGACGAAACUGACAAAUUAGAUCUCAUUUACGUGGAAGAUGGUGCUGAUGACGUGGAUGUGAAUGGUCCGCAUGAUGGAAAUAAAUUUGUAAACAAAACUUCUAACAGCUGUACAUUGAACGUUGAAAUGAGCCCAAAUCGCCAAAAAUCAGACUGGUUUGCAUGUCCACCCAUAGACACAACAAGUAAGCCUAAGAUAGAUAUGACACCAUUAAGUCCGCAAGCGCAGAGCACAUCCGAACAUGCGCGAACUAACCCGCUGGAUAACAACAGGGUUAUAAAAGUAUGCCGAUCUUCCAAUAAACAAUCAACUGAGUUGUCUUCUCUCGUAAACGAAGAGAAAACCGAUAUUUCAGGUCCGCGUACACAAGAAAAUCAUCAUCUAUCGUUUAAAAGGACUUUUUCGCCGAUAUCCGACAAUAGUACACCUGUGAAUAUCGAAUCUCCCAGAGUUAUUGCACUUACGUAUGGACGAACUGACGUUACCCGUGAAAACGAGUCGAUCACCUGUCAGAACAAUAAAAUAAAACCAGAAGUAGCUCCUAAACCAUUGCCAGAUCAAAAACUCAGAGCUGUCUUAGAAAAACAGACGGAAGCAUCCACGUUUCCUGAGCUGCAACAGGCGACCAACAGAACCACCGGUCGGUACCCCAACCAUUCAUCUCAAGUUGAGUACAUGCCCGGAGCAAACCCUAACACACUAGCCUCAAAACCUAUCCAGGAAAAACUAAAAGAUGAUAAGUCCGAAGCAGUCAGAAUGGAGGAUACUCCGACCCAGAAAGUUCGUAAUUUGGCUGCAUAUUUCACAAACAUUAUCAAUAAGAAUAAAAGUGAAUCCGAGUUCAACAGCUUACGACGAAUGCGUGUGCGUGACUCACUACAUAAUGAUGCCACAAAUGAAACUGACAUUCCUACAUGCAGUUCACCAUUUUUCCGAAAUGAAACACCUGAGGAUAGAGAGCGUCGCUUGCGAGCUGUGGACGCCCUUAGACAUCGUACACUACCACAGCGAACUGUUGACUACACACGGUCCGGGUCAGUUAACAAUACAAAAUCUUUUUUUGACAGUGCUUGCGAGGAUUACUACCCUUACGUUAGACCUUCCUCCGCCCCACGUCCUCGACCAAGAUGUAUCACCACAAACAUUACCAGGAGUUCAGCUAACCUUAAUUAA